AUGCAGUUUCCCGCUGCAAUUCUUCUCACAGGCUUGAUAUAUGGCUCGCCAUGUAUCGCACUUCCGUCUGCGUCUCCCAUAUCACCGUCUAUUUGCGAGAUGCUCAACACGGCCUUGCCAGGCAAGGUGGCCUACCCAGACACGACUGCAUACAACACAUCAAAUGUCUACUGGUCAGGCAGACAGAGCAUGAAGCCCUCCUGUAUAGCUCUGCCCGAAUCUGCUGAGGAUGUUUCGAAGAUUCUAGGGCUUGUGACCAAGCACGACAACCCCUUUACUGUCAGGAGCGGAGGACACACCGCGUUCCCUAGGGGAUCCAACAUCCAGGGAGGGGUCGUCAUUGCUAUGGACUCAAUGAACGAUAUACAAGUCUCUCUUGACCGAUCCACGGUCUCUGUUGGCCCUGGUAACCGCUGGAUCAAUGUAACCGACGUUGUUUCGCCUUUGGGAAUCGCGGUGGUUGGCGGCCGCAGCCCUAUGGUCGGCGUCUCAGGGUUUCUGUUGGGAGGUGGCCUCUCUUUUCUCACCGGCAGGAGAGGCCUGGGCUGCGACAACGUCCGAAACUUCCAGGUUGCUCUCGUAUCUGGUGAUAUAGUGAACGCCAACCCGGUCGAGAACCAGGACCUCUAUUGGGCUCUUAGAGGCGGUGGCGGGUCCAGCUUUGGCAUCGUUACCCGUUUUGACCUCGAGGCUUAUGAGCAAGGCGAUGUCUGGAGCCGGCUGAGCGUGUGGCCGGCCAGCGACACCAUCGAAGUGCUCACCACCUUUACCAGAAUCACAAGGGAAAAGGUGCACUCGGGACAGGAUCCGGACUCGCAUCUGAUAUUUGGCUUAACGUAUGCCGACAACACCACUGAAGCACCAAUCCCAACGGUAUACGGCUUCCAUAUGGACCUCUCCUCCCCGCACGCUCCUGGUGGCGAGUUUGAUACUAUGGUUGGCUUUGACCAGCUUCCAGAGCCUCUCUCCAAUACCACACUCGUCGCGGACAUCUCGGGCAUAAUUCGAACCACUUCAUCAACUGUAUUCGGCGAGAGACAAUCAUGGUACGCUACUUCUAUCAGCGACGGUCUGAACAGCAACGAUUUCAUGAAGGAUGUUGCUGAAGCCUUCACCAUCUUCGCCAACUAUAUCAGAGCAGAUGCUAGAGCUCGUGGGGCUUUUCUCGAUGUCACCAUGGUCUUCCAGCCACUGACCAACCCUUCACUCGGCGCCAUGCAGAGGAACGGCGGCAACCCCCUGGGACUUGAACCUGCAGAGUUCCCAUCUUACGUUGUUUCCAUACCAAUGGCCUGGAUUGACGCAUCUCUUGACGACAUGAUUGACGCCCGGACGAACCAGUUUAUCAAAGACUUGGAUGCUAUGGCCAGAGAGAGAGGAUUUGGGAAUGGUUUUGAGUACAUAAACUAUUCUGGAAGACUGCAGAAUGUGAUUGCGAGCUAUGGCGCAAAGAACCAAGAGAGACUUCGGGCCAUCGCAAACAUAUACGACCCUGAUGGUCUGCUGCGAACGCUCUGGACGGGAUAUUUUAAGCCGUGA